AUGUCCCAAAUUCCUACUGUCGUUGAUACCAACCAAGAGAAUUCACCAGCAAGAAUGAAUGGCUCGGAGCAGAAGGAACAUCACUUGGCUGGAAUGGAUGAGAUGGAGUUGGCUUUGGCAAUUGAUACAACUGACGGUUCUGCUGUAUUGAAUCCCAACAACAACAAUAACCCUUCAUCAUCAGUCUCGGUAGAAAAUCAAGGCAAGAUCGAUUCUCCGAGUAUACCUUCCACUCGGUUGCUCACUCCAGAGGAGAUUAUGAUCAUGAAAAGGCAACGAGAAGAAGUACCUUUUAUGUUGUCAUCUUUUCCCGAUCCAAGAACAAAUCAUGGUUACCGAGCACAAUUUCAUACUCUUUGCCCAUAUACUUCAAAAUUAAUUUGCUAUUGUAACAAGUUUUUCCUAAAUAGCAAACAGCAACAACGAUUCAUACACAACACUAAGAAUAUAUUAGAAAUGUAUUGCAGCAAACGACCAGAGUAUGCUAGGGAGGUUGGAUUCAUGAUUAAUGAAGAACCAACUCUCAAUAGUUCUAUUAUCAUUGCUAAGGAUAGAAUAGAAAAUGUUGUCAACACGUACGGUGACAUAUUGGAGUCCAUUUCAUCCAACAGCAAGACUGAGCCAGUUUCCGCCAAUCCUUCCGAGUCUUUAUUUCAGCUUCUCGAUAAUUCAGAAAACACAGAUUCAAGCCUGAGUGCACAAGAAAAACAACAGGCAUCAACAUUAUUUUCUGAAUCAGAACUUUCUCAAAUUCCUAAAAAGAGAGGAAGACCUAGGUCUAGAAAAUUAUGUAAAAAAUGUGACAGCGGAGAUCAGGAGGAUAAGCUCAUUCAUUGUGUAGCUUGUAACUGCUAUUUCCAUACUUUUUGUCAUGAACCCAACAUGGAUCAUUUAGAGCAACAAUAUAGAGAUAAUUGGCUUUGUGCUGACUGCAAAAUUUGCCUCAAAUGUAAAAAGAAUUCAGAUGAGAGUGAGAUGAUCAUUUGUGAUUAUUGUGACAAUGCAUAUCAUUACCGAUGUUUAGAUCCGCCAUUGAGCGAAGCUCCUAAAGGACUGUGGUUUUGUCCAACUUGUCAAGAACAAAGUAGUGAAAAGAUUGAAGAAUUUAAGAAAGCAAAACAAUCAGAAGCACCCUCGUCAACCAAACAAGAACAACCAUCCAAUGAAAAGAAAACAAAAACUCCAAAGAAGAAGAAAAAGAAUAAAUAA